AGCCGACCUCGCGCGCCGUUGCCAGGAGCAGCCCCGGGAUGCAGCCGCCCGCCCUGCCGGUGCCGGGGCCCCUGGCCCUGCUGGACACGAUAGAAGGGUUUACGAGAAGAAAGAAGACCUCCCUUUGGUUUGUGGGGUCUCUGCUGGUGGUGUCUGUCUUCAUCCUGACCAUCGGCCUCGCUGCCACCACCAGGACGGAGAACGUGACCGUGGGGGGCUACUACCCAGGGAUCAUUCUGGGCUUCGGAUCUUUCUUAGGAAUUAUUGGCAUCAACCUAGUGGAGAAUCGGAGGCAAAUGUUGGUGGCAGCCAUUGUGUUCAUCAGCUUCGGCGUGGUGGCCGCCUUCUGCUGUGCCAUCGUGGAUGGUGUGUUUGCUGCUCGGCACAUAGAAACAAGACCCCUCACCAUGGGAAGGUGCCAGUUUUACUCCAGCGGGGCAGGGUACUUGCACGAUAUCUACCAGACGGAGGUCACCUGUCACUCCCUGAAUGGCAAGUGCCAGCUAAAGGUGAGGAGCAACACCUGCUAUUGCUGUGACCUCUACAACUGCCAUAGCACCGAGUACUCUCCCACCUACUACGAGUUCAUGGGUGUAAGCAGCUGUCAGGACGUGCUCCACCUCUACCGGCUGCUCUGGGCCUCGACCGUGCUCAAUGUCCUGGGCCUGUUCCUGGGCAUCGUCACAGCAGCGGUCCUGGGGGCCUUCAAGGACAUGGUCCCUCUGUCCCAGCUGGCCUACAGACCGUCUGCUCCUCCGCAGAUGCUCUACAACCCUGCCCAGCAGAUCCUGGCCUACUCGGGCUUCUGCCCAGCACCUGUGACCCUCCCCACCUGCUCGUCCUACCCUCUGCCUCUCCAGCCGUCCAGCAGCUUCCCAGCCUCGCCCUCCACUGACCUCUCUCUGUCCGAGGACACGCAGCCUCCGUCCCAGUCCAGCUCCAGCUUCGGGCUCCUGCCCAACGCCCCGCCUCUCUAUGCUCCGGCCCCUUCCCUCCCCGGGGAGAAGCCGCCCCCCUAUGCACCAUGACACAGAUGGGUAGAUUGAAAAAUAACUUCUUUUCUCAUUUGUUAAAAAACAAAGCAGCCUCUGCAAAGCCUGCUUCUGUGGCCAACCUCCUAGAGACAUCAGGAGGUUUCUGAAGUAUGUCCCCUCCUGCCCGUCCUGGGACAUCCAGACAAGGAGAGGCCAGGACUAGUGGUGAGGACGGAGCCCCAGGUGACCCAGACCCAGGCAGCACCUCUGCUUGGUCGCCGUGCCCACCAUGUACACCAGAUACCAAGCUAAAAUUUCUAGCUGUCACCGCUUAUGUAAAACCAAGUUUUUUGUCCGUACAACUUUUUAUUCCCUCCUAAUUAGUUAUUAUUACUGUUUUGUAAAAGGGAUAUGACCUGGGAUAUUCAUUGUUCUUAAAAGAAAUGUGUUGAAUGUUUACAUAUUUCUGUGGGCCCCCAGGAAGGGCACGGUCUCCACGCCAGUGCUGUGUUCUGGCGUUCACUUGCUCGGACGGAAAGGCACUCUGGCUCAAAUACAGAGUGUUGUUUCUGAGGCCCACGUGUUGACCGUGGUGUGUGUGUGUGUGUUGUCGUUUACAAAUCUGCCAUCACACCUG